GGCGCGCGCUCGUCUGGCGGGCGGGCACUCGCGCGCGCAGCGGUUGUGUUGCCUGCGAGUUUCCCAAGUUCACACAGGCCCUGGGUUGGCAUGGCAACCAGGCAACCUGUUCCAGAGCCGCCUGCCUUCUCCGCACAUGCCGCUGCCACCGCCGGAGCCGGGGCCAGAGCCUAUCCCAGGAUGCACCGCGCCAGCCCCGUCCCCAGUGGGCCGCCAUGUUGUCGGAGUGAAAGGUGUUGGUGGAAUGAGCGUUGCAUGUGUCUUGAAGAGAAAAGCAGUGCUUUGGCAGGACUCUUUCAGCCCCCACCUGAAACAUCACCCUCAAGAACCAGCUAAUCCCAACAUGCCUGUUGUUUUGACAUCUGGAACAGGGUCGCAGGCGCAGCCACAACCAGCUGCAAAUCAGGCUCUUGCAGCUGGGACACACUCCAGCCCUGUCCCAGGAUCCAUAGGAGUUGCAGGCCGUUCCCAAGACGACGCUAUGGUGGACUACUUCUUUCAGAGGCAGCAUGGUGAGCAGCUUGGGGGAGGAGGAAGUGGUGGAGGCGGCUAUAAUAAUAGCAAACAUCGAUGGCCUACUGGGGAUAACAUUCAUGCAGAACAUCAGGUGCGUUCUAUGGAUGAACUGAAUCAUGAUUUUCAAGCACUUGCUCUGGAGGGAAGAGCGAUGGGAGAGCAGCUCUUGCCAGGUAAAAAGUUUUGGGAAACAGAUGAAUCCAGCAAAGAUGGACCAAAAGGAAUAUUCCUGGGUGAUCAAUGGCGAGACAGUGCCUGGGGAACAUCAGAUCAUUCAGUUUCCCAGCCAAUCAUGGUGCAGAGAAGACCUGGUCAGAGUUUCCAUGUGAACAGUGAGGUCAAUUCUGUACUGUCCCCACGGUCGGAGAGUGGGGGACUAGGCGUUAGCAUGGUGGAGUAUGUGUUGAGCUCAUCCCCGGGCGAUUCCUGUCUAAGAAAAGGAGGAUUUGGCCCAAGGGAUGCAGACAGUGAUGAAAACGACAAAGGUGAAAAGAAGAACAAGGGUACCUUUGAUGGAGAUAAGCUAGGAGAUUUGAAGGAGGAGGGUGAUGUGAUGGACAAGACCAAUGGUUUACCAGUGCAGAAUGGGAUUGACGCAGACGUCAAAGAUUUUAGCCGUACCCCUGGUAAUUGCCAGAACUCUGCUAAUGAAGUGGAUCUUCUGGGUCCAAACCAGAAUGGUUCUGAGGGCUUAGCCCAGCUGACCAGCACCAAUGGUGCCAAGCCUGUGGAGGAUUUCUCCAACAUGGAGUCCCAGAGUGUCCCUUUGGACCCCAUGGAACAUGUGGGCAUGGAGCCUCUGCAGUUUGAUUAUUCAGGCACGCAGGUACCUGUGGACUCAGCAGCAGCAACUGUGGGACUUUUUGACUACAAUUCUCAACAACAGCUGUUCCAAAGACCUAAUGCGCUCGCCGUCCAGCAGUUGACGGCCGCGCAGCAGCAGCAGUACGCACUGGCGGCGGCUCACCAGCCUCACAUCGCAGGUUUAGCGCCCGCUGCGUUUGUCCCUAAUCCCUACAUCAUCAGCGCUGCUCCCCCGGGGACGGACCCCUACACGGCUGGACUGGCUGCAGCGGCGACACUAGGCCCGGCUGUGGUCCCUCACCAGUAUUAUGGAGUCACUCCCUGGGGAGUCUACCCUGCCAGUCUUUUCCAGCAGCAAGCGGCUGCCGCCGCGGCAGCGACUAAUUCUGCAAAUCAGCAGACUACCCCACAGGCUCAGCAAGGGCAGCAGCAGGUUCUCCGUGGAGGAGCCAGCCAGCGUCCUUUGACCCCAAAUCAGAACCAGCAGGGACAGCAAACAGAUCCACUAGUGGCAGCUGCAGCAGUGAAUUCUGCCCUUGCUUUUGGACAAGGACUGGCUGCAGGCAUGCCAGGUUAUCCGGUCUUGGCUCCUGCUGCUUACUAUGACCAAACCGGUGCCCUCGUGGUGAACGCAGGGGCGAGAAACGGUCUCGGGGCUCCUGUGCGGCUGGUCGCUCCCGCCCCAGUCAUCAUCAGUUCCUCAGCCGCUCAAGCAGCUGUUGCAGCGGCCGCAGCUUCAGCAAAUGGAGCAGCCGGUGGUCUUGCUGGAACAACAAAUGGACCGUUUCGCCCUUUAGGGACCCAGCAGCCCCAGCCCCAGCCCCAGCAGCAGCCCAGUAACAGCCUGGCAUCCAGCUCUUUCUAUGGCAACAACUCUCUGAGCAGCAACUCACAGAGCAGCUCCCUCUUCUCCCAGGGCUCAGCCCAGCCUGCCAACACGUCCUUGGGAUUUGGAAGUAGCAGUUCUCUCGGCGCCACCCUGGGAUCAGCCCUUGGAGGGUUUGGAACCGCAGUUGCAAACUCCAACACUGGCAGUGGCUCCCGCCGUGACUCCCUGACUGGCAGCAGUGACCUUUAUAAGAGGACAUCGAGCAGCUUGACCCCCAUUGGACACAGUUUUUAUAACGGCCUUAGCUUUUCCUCCUCUCCUGGACCCGUGGGCAUGCCUCUCCCUAGUCAGGGACCAGGACAUUCACAGACACCACCUCCUUCCCUCUCUUCACAUGGAUCCUCUUCAAGCUUAAACCUGGGAGGACUCACAAAUGGCAGUGGAAGAUACAUCUCUGCUGCUCCAGGCGCUGAAGCCAAGUACCGCAGCGCGAGCAGUGCCUCCAGUCUCUUCAGCCCCAGCAGCACCCUGUUUUCUUCCUCCCGGUUGCGAUAUGGAAUGUCUGAUGUCAUGCCCUCUGGCAGGAGCAGGCUUCUGGAAGAUUUUCGAAAUAACCGGUACCCCAAUUUACAACUGCGGGAGAUUGCUGGGCAUAUAAUGGAGUUUUCCCAAGACCAGCAUGGGUCCAGAUUCAUUCAGCUAAAACUAGAGCGAGCCACACCAGCUGAACGCCAGCUUGUCUUCAAUGAAAUCCUCCAGGCCGCUUACCAGCUAAUGGUGGAUGUGUUCGGAAAUUACGUCAUUCAGAAGUUCUUUGAAUUUGGCAGCCUUGAACAGAAGCUGGCGUUGGCAGAACGCAUUCGAGGCCACGUCCUGUCAUUGGCACUGCAGAUGUAUGGCUGCCGUGUUAUCCAGAAAGCUCUUGAAUUUAUUCCCUCAGACCAGCAGGUAAUUGUAAGUUUCCCCUUUAACUUUUCUCUUGGUGUUCGAUGUUUCUCCGUGGCACGUGUAGUAGUGAAUCCUGUACAUUUGUCAGUCUUUAGUUUUCUUUUACGGUUUCCUUUGGUGCUUGUGGCUGCCUUUCUGUGCAUGGCAAGCAUGAGCUGUGUGAUUAAUUUUGUAAAUUUACAGUGCCAGCGCGGGGAGGACGAAGACUGGUCCCUGCCCACAGAGCGCACACUUGGGUGCCCGGAGCGCAGCGGGAGCCCCCUGGGAGCACAGCGGGAGCCCGCCCAGGUCCGUGUGCAGGCCAGAGUAACACAGCCUGUGCUUCCUCCCCAGAUCCGGCCCCACAUCGCCACUCUCCGCAAGUACACCUACGGCAAGCACAUCUUGGCCAAGCUGGAGAAGUACUACAUGAAGAAUGGCGUUGACUUAGGGCCCAUCUGUGGCCCCCCGAAUGGGAUCAUCUGAGGCAGUGUCACCCUGUCCCCUCGUUCACUGACCUCACUGGCCCACAGGCGAAUCCAGCCAGCAACCAGAAAUGUUCUAGUACGGAAGCCGACAUGGGUAAAUGGUUGCUCCAGGAUUACCCGCUCCUCCAAAAAAAAAAGGAAUCAAAUCCACAAGUGGAAAAGCCUUUGUAAAUUUGUUUAAUUUUAUUACGCAUAACAUGUACUAAUUAUUUUUUUUAAUUGACUAAUUGCCCUGUUGUUUUACUGGUGUAUAGGAUACUUGUACAUAGGUAACCAAUGUACAUGGGAGGCCACAUAUUUUGUUCAAUGUUGUAUCUAUAUUACACGUGUGGAAACUUUCAGGGUGGUUGGUUUAACAAAAAAAAAGUUAAAAAAAAAAAAAGAAAAAAAUGUUUUUAAUCCAUUUUGCCUUGCUGGCAAGUUUUGCAAAUAGCUCUUCCCCACCUCCUCAUUUUAGUAAAAAACAAAAACAAACAAAAAAACCUGAGAAAUUUGAAUUUUGUUAAAUGACCCCAAACUGGCAUUUAACACUGUUUAUAAAACAUAUAUAUAUAUAUACAUAUAUAUAUAUAAUGAAAAUUGUUUUAGAGUUGCUAAAGCUUCAGUUAAUGACAUUAAGUUUAUGAAACUUCAAAAAAUUGCCUUUUUUGGAGACUAUUAUGCUGAAGAAGAUGUGUAGUGUGUUUUGUGAGGAGGAGAUGUGAGCUCCUAGGAUGUCUUUCAAGGCCGGGCGGGUGUAACUUGUUUACUGCCUACUGGAUUUUUUUUUCUGUUAACAUUGAAAGGCAAAAUCUGAUUAUUUAGCAUGAGAAAAAAAAAAAAAAUCCAACUCUGCUUUUGGUCUUGCUUCUAUAAAUAUAUAGUGUAUACUUGGUGUAGACUUUGCAUAUAUACAAAUUUGUAGUAUUUUCUUGUUUUGAUGUCUAAUCUGUAUCUAUAAUGUACCCUAGUAGUCGAACAUACUUUUGAUUGUACAAUUGUACAUUUGUAUACCUGUAAUGUAAAUGUGGAGAAGUUUGAAUCAACAUAAACACGUUUUUUGGGAAGAAAAGAGAAUUAGCCAGCCCUGUGCAUUCAGUGUAUAUUCACACCUUUUAUGGUCGUAGCAUAUAGUGUUGUAUAUUGUAAAUUGUAAUUUCAACCAGAAGUAAAUUUUUUUUCUUUUGAAGGAAUAAAUGUUCUUUAUACAGCCUAGUUAAAUGUUUAAAAAGGAAAAAAAUAGCUUGGUUUUAUUUGUCACCUAGUCCCACAGUAGCAAGAUCCUUUCUAAAUGUUAUUCAAGAUGAUUCAGUUCACACUAGUGUUUUUUUUUAAUCCUAAAAAAGUAAUGUUUUGCUUAUUUUGUGACAGUCAUAAGGACGUGCAAAGUUCAGCCCUGCCCUAGCUUUCCUUACAAUCAGAGCCCCUCUCACCUUGUAAAGUGUGAAUUGCCCUUCCUUUUUGUACAGAAGAUGAACUGUAUUUUGCAUUUUGUCUACUUGUAAGUGAAUGUAACAUACUGUCAAUUUUCCUUGUUUGAAUAUAGAAUUGUAACACUACACGGUGUACAUUUCCAGAGCCUUGUGUAUAUUUCCAAUGAACUUUUUUGCAAGCACACUUGUAACCAUAUGUGUAUAAUUAACAAACCUGUGUAUGCUUAUGCCUGGGCAACUAUUUUUUGUAACUCUUGUGUAGAUUGUCUCUAAACAAUGUGUGAUCUUUAUUUUGAAAAAUACAGAACUUUGGAAUCUGA